AUGACCGAUGCGGAUGCGGACCAGACGGCCAGGCUCACCCUACCGAGAACUCGUUCCAACUUUGCAACCCGUACAGCACGAGAUGAGAGUGAGCGGUUACACCGACGCUCCUUCGUACAGCAGUCACCGCCUCCCGAUGAGGAAACACCGCUGCUGCCAGGGAGUGGACGCCGGCAUCAAGACAAUGCCAACGUCUUAGAUGGCAUCCAAGAGACUGAGGGUACACGAGGAGGGACAAGCAGCUGGUUCUUAAGCUUCUUCCGCACUUCGCAAUGGACGUUGGGGAAGGAGCCCAGUAAUGACAGAAAACGACACUCGGUCAGCGAAACCGCCAAACCAAGGCCUGGCGCAUUUCCCAGACCCGUUGGAGGUACUGACAAGUUAGGUACCUUUGCUGGAGUCUUCGUGCCUGUAACUCUCAAUGUUUUGUCCAUUUUGAUGUUUCUGAGAUUUGGCUUCCUCCUUGGUCAAGCCGGCUUGAUUGGCAUGAUGGGUAUGCUGAUAGCAGCAUACGCCAUUAAUCUUUUGACUACUUUGAACAUCUCUGCUAUUGCUACAAAUGGUACAGUCAGAGGAGGAGGCGCAUAUUACCUCAUCUCCAGAAGCCUGGGACCUGAAUUUGGUGGAUCCAUAGGCAUCGUUUACUAUCUUGGCUCGGUCUUCAAUACCUCACUGAACGCUGUCGGUCUCAUCGAUUGCCUCAUCGAAAAUUUCGGUACCCAUGGAGGUGACAUGGCAGAGUGGCUACCUCAGAGCUAUUGGUGGCAGUUCCUUUGGGCCACCGUAGUUUUAGCAGCAUGCACACUCAUCUGUCUUGCUGGAAGUGGUCUCUUCGCUCGUUGCAGCAAUGGCUUACUACUUGUUCUACUGGUCGCUACUAUCAGUAUACCUUUGUCAGCUGUCGUCAGGCCUCCGUUUACGAAUCCGAAAGAGGACAUUGUGUUCACAGGUCUCAGCAUGGACACCUUUCGUCAGAACUUGCUACCCCACUUCACGCGAGGCGCCGCGGGAAGUGUUGAUCAUCACCGCGAGAACUUCCAAGAUCUCUUCGGCAUUCUCUUCCCAGCCACAGGAGGCAUCCUAGCUGGUGCAAGCAUGAGCGGAGAUUUGAAGCAUCCAAGCAAAGCCAUUCCAAAAGGGACCUUAUACGGUAUAGGUUUGACCUUCGUCUUAUAUACACUCGUCAUAUUUGCAAUGGCAGCGUCGAUAGCACGCGAAACCUUCUAUAACAACACAAAUGUCAUCCAGCUAACCAACAUCUCCGGCGCCAUCGUGCUUGCUGGCGAGGUGGCGACAUCACUGUUCUCGGUGCUCAUGGGUGUCAUUGGUUCAGCAAAACUUCUCCAGGCUUUAUCUCGCGACCAUCUAAUUCCUGGGCUUUCUCUAUUUGGUCAAGGAACUAAAAGGUCCGACGAGCCUAUCUACGCUAUUAUCAUUACUUUCAUCAUUGCUCAAAUCACGAUGUUCGCCGACAUCAACCAGAUUGCUUCAUUCAUUACAAUGACGUAUCUCAUGACUUUCCUAGUCACCAACUUGGCCUGUUUUUUACUCAAGAUUGGAUCUGCUCCGAACUUCCGGCCAUCGUUCCACUACUUCAACUGGCCCACAGCCGCGAUUGGUACCGUCGCGUGUGGAGCUACCAUGUUCUUCGUCGACGGCUUCUAUGCGUCCGGAUGUGUGCGAAAAUACCUGCUGCGUUUACGCCAAGAACAUGUCAAGUUCUGGAGACCCCAGAUCUUACUUUUGGUGAACGACCCGCGGCGACAGUACAAAUUGAUUCAAUUUUGCAACUCGUUGAAAAAGGGAGGUCUCUUCGUUCUCGGGCAUGUCAUCGUUUCCAGCAACUUUGGCGAAGCUGUGCCAGAGGCUAGACGCCAACAACAAUCUUGGACGAAAUAUAUCGACUUUUCCAGGAUCAAGGCGUUUGUGAACAUUGCCAUAUCUCCUGCUGUCGAGUGGGGUGCGCGUAAUCUCGUACUAGGUGCAGGAUUGGGUGGCAUGCGGCCAAACAUAGUUGUCAUGGGCUUUUACAAUCUGCCUGAGCUGAGGCAGGCGCAGCCCUCCAUUGGUAUACCUUCGCCCCAACCAUCACGACCGUCUAGCAAGGCCGCAAAUCAUCCUAUCUCUCGAAAAGCGAUACAGGCAGCAGCCAGGCGACGCGUCACAGGCAAUACCCAUAGUAUGCUUCCCACGGACGCUAUGAAGCCGGAAAACGCAAUUGCCAUACGCAGCUACGUGACAGUUAUCGAGGAUUUGAUUCUGCGGUUACAAGCAAACGUCGCUAUAGGCAAGGGUUUCCAAGAGCUCGAAGUACCACCCGCGAAGCCUACGGCAAAGCAGAAAGCUUUCAGCUUUGUUGGUCUGAGUGAAAUUGAGAUUGAAGAUUCUUCAAAGAAGUACAUUGAUCUGUGGCCAAUACAGAUGUCAGCUGAGGUCGCUACUGCUGGCGACGAGCCGGUCCGGAAGAAUGUACUGACGACCAAUUUCGACACAUAUACAUUAAUUCUUCAGCUUGGAUGUAUUUUGCAUACGGUACCGUCUUGGAAGCGCAUGUACAAGUUGAGAGUUUGUGUCUUCGUUGAGUACGAGACAGACGUCGAGGAAGAACGCGGUCGUGUUACCACAUUGCUGCGUAAUCUGCGCAUUGAGGCUGAAGUUCACGUCUUCUGGCUAUCAUCUGGUGACUUGAGCAUGUACGAAGUCAUCAUUAACGGAAGAGACGAUGGUGAUCUCGAUCAGACUGGUCGUGAUAUCGAUUAUUCGCUAGAAGACGAGCGUUGGUGGCAAGAUAUCAAACGUCUGCGUCAACCCGAAAGUAUGAGCGCCAGCCAGGAACUAGCACAAACUGUCGAUAUCCUUGAAGCCGUAACCAGCUGGCCUAUCGCCUCAUUUCAACAUGGCAGGCAAGAGAUAAACCCCAAGCGCUUCUCAGCACUACGUAAGAUGCUACGCAAGGCUAAAAGUAGGACGUCGGUUAGCAAUCUUGGCGAUGGGACGAGAAUCAAAAUGCAAAGCCAAAGAAUACCUGUCGAGCUACUGGAAGACAGCGACAGUGACACUCAGCCAUCCUCAGCCUGUGGAAGAGAAGACGAUGCUGAUGAUGAAGCAAUGGCGUCUGAUAGCGAGGCUAUUGUCAGUGGCAGUAAUUUCGACGAAUACGACCUGGAUGCAUCGAGUGAUGAAAGCGACUACAGCGGGCAGAGAAUGUCACUAAGAAGGCGAAGGACGGCACCCAGCAACUCUCUCUUCACUAAGCAGCUAGACCUUCGCAAGACUAUCUGGAAGAGUUCGCGCAAGGGCAGUACUUCGCAAAAGGACGACAGACCGACCACGCAGUCUGUAACGCCGUUUAAGCCGCACCCAGAUGCCACCGCUUCCGACACAGCUGUUCUGCACUCUGGAGAGUGGUCCAAGACCCAUAGUGUAGCUAGUUCGUCCUCGCAGCGCUCUGGUUCCUCACGCGCAAAACCUGUAGUCAAACCACCCCCAAUGCGCCGGCAGUCACUACCGAAAUUUACAUCGAAUCCGACUCCCCGAACAGCGGUCUCCUCGGAGGAAACAGCCGGCCCAUCGAUAACGUUUGUCGACACGCCCAAAUCAUCAACAGCUAACAAACAAGAUCCUAUGAUCGUAACAUCCGGCGAGCCUACCCAAUUCGCCGCAGACAACAACGACAACCCAGAAACCGCCAGCCCCCAUUCAGCCGCAGCAUCGUCAUAUCACCAGCCCACCGACACCGGUACCGCCUCCCCAGCAUCUGGGUUUCCUGCCCAACAAGCCAUCCCCCUCUCCUUCAACGACCUACCUUGUCGCGCUCAACAUCUCAUUCUAAACGAGCUCAUACGCCAACACUCCGAAGAUACGGCUGUGGUUUUUACAACGCUGCCUAGUCCCAUGGAAGGUACGUGUGAGAGUGAGGCUGAGAGUGUCAAGUAUAUUAGUGAUUUGGAGGUGUUGUGCCAAGGAUUGCCACCUGUCUUGUUGGUGCAUAGUAAUAGCAUGACUGUUACUAUGAAUUUGUAG